UUUGCUCAGCUGUUGUAGGUACUUUAAAUCUGUAGAUUUCGUGGAGAUACUAAGUGUUUGGAUCUUAUAAAACUGACGGUUUACGCGCACUGCACCAGAUCAAGCGCAUUUACGCAGUGCUCGUAGUGCUUAGUCCUUUACAGAGGCGUCUUAUUGAUGUUUGUUCCCGGGUCACUCCAUUAGGAGUGUGCGAUUCCCCUGCUCUCAUGGAUUACAGUCACCUGAUGGCGCCUCCGGUGCCGCCGCACAAACCCAGGUCCCCCCGGUCUGCGCGCGCCCAGGGCCGCCUGCUGAAGUGCGUGUUUCUCGGGGACGGAGCUGUGGGGAAAACCAGCCUGAUAGUCAGCUACACCACCAAUGGAUAUCCAACAAAAUACGUCCCGACAGCGUUUGACGAUUUCUCAGCGGUCGUACAGGUGGAUGGACAGCCAGUGAGACUUCAGCUUUGUGACACUGCAGGACAGGACGAAUUCGAUAAGUUGCGUCACUUCUGUUACACGCGGACUGAUGUCCUCCUCCUGUGCUUCAGCGUCGUCAGCCCCGCUUCCUUCCAGAACAUCGGUGAAAAAUGGGUGCCGGAGAUCCGGCGCCGUUGUCCUCUCACACCCGUGCUGCUGGUGGGCACCCAGUGCGACCUACGGCAGGACGUCAAGGUCCUCAUUGACCUGGCACGGCGCAGAGAGCGACCCGUCCUGGAAGAGGACGCCCGCGCCUUGGCGGACAAAAUAGGAGCGCUAGCCUACAUUGAGUGCUCUUCUCUCACACAGAAAAACCUUAAGGAGGUGUUUGACGCCGCCAUCUCCGUCGGGCUCCGACACGCCGACCGAAGAGCCAGACGAGAGCGGAAGGUCCACAGUACUGCUGAUAAAAUGAAAAUGCUCUCCAAAUCGUGGUGGAAGAAAUAUAUCUGCAUACAGUAGCAAAGAUCAAAGCAAUCUUCAGAGGCUUGGACAAUGUGAUGGACUCUCGUUUGGUGUCACGCUCCUCAAGUGGAUGAUAGUCAUUUGACAACGAAUCAACAAAGGACAGUGUUGCUACUUCAAGGAUGAUGUGAAUGGUUGCAGCUAGCUUCCCAGUAACCAAAGUUUACUGUAUGCAGGGUCAUCGCUGAAAGGGUUAGGGCGCGGGAUGAAGAUUUUAGCUUUGGGCCAUUGAGUAGAUUUAGAGGACCGUAUUAGCCAUGUUUCCAUCCAUGUAUUGUCCCAAAUUUUGGGAUAUUGCAUAAACGCCAGAUGGACAUGGCAUAAAAGGUGUGCUUAAAAUCUUCCAACCAAUCCUCUCGAUUAAAGUUGAUAUUUAUUUUUAUUCACUAAACAAAAAACUCAUGUGCCUCAACAGAUCAUGUGACUGGACUAGCGAGUGGACUCAUUUCAUUGCACACCAUCUAAAUGACCGUGAGCCAGAUUCUGUCAUCAAAAUGAUUUUACUUCCUUAUACAACUUUAUUCCCAGCAUCUCAGAAUGCAAGAUAACAUGACAGCGUUUGCUAUUGCAUUUCUUCAGAGGUGCAAGUCAUUUAUCAUGUUGGAAAAAAAGGAGUCAUGGGCUUUCCCGGUUGCUGAUUCUUUGCGCUGAUUUCCCAGGAAGUACAGUUUUUGUUCUCUUGAACACGUGGGAUGGAAAAUAUUGUUUUAUGCAAUAUUCCAGUCUAAUUCACUACUUUAAAAGGAAACAUGGCUACAGAAACCCUUCAUCGCAAAGCCUUUGGCAAUGUUCCCAGUUGUGACCUCUUCCACAGCCAAAACCCUCUGAUUAUCUCGAUAAUUAAAUCAUCUUUUGCUUUUAUUUUUAUAACCAAAUACAGUGACAAAGUUUCUAUUUAUUAACCCAUGUCUUCUAUCUAAUUAAUGCAUGUAUAAACAUUGUGUCCACAUGUUAAUGAUGCUAGCAUGCUAACACUGGUGAUUAAAUCCCCUUUUGUUUGUUUAGCCUCCUUUACUGAGGUCACAAAGGCAAUCCUGCGGCCGUUUAUGCCAACUCGAAGUGGCCUUUCUAUCCCAUCAUGCUGAAGUGUUCAGUCUGUAACUGUAGUCCACCUUAUGAUCAUUUUGAGUGUAACUGUAACUCCUCAGUUGAGUUCAGUGAACUCUUGUGUACUGUUAGUCACAAAAUGGUUGGGUCUAUUAUCCAUAACGCAUUACCUUGUAUGCCAUACCAUAUCUUAUUAACCCCAGAAGUGUCAUGUUGUAAAAUCUAUUGUAUGAGUUUAUUUGCCAAUGAAAUGUUGAAUUUGCUUCUCAUUAUUCAGAAGCCCAAUCAGAGUCAUUCAGUCAGAGAUCCGUCACAAAUGUCAGAGACUAACUGUUGGAUUCAGGAAGUUCAAAAUCCCAUUUAUUUUUCCCUACGUCAAAAUGAAGAUUUCUCUAGAGUCAAUAUGAUGUCAAAUUCCCAGAGAACAUUUUUUUGAUGUGUUUUUUUUUUUUUUUUUUUUUUUUUUUAGAUAAUCAAAUUCAUAUUGUCAAAUCAGCAAUGAGUUGUAGUUUGCAAUUCAUUCCUAUUUUAUUGUAUUAUUUUUUGGCUUUUUCUUUAAGCUGGAAUGUUUGAUUUUAUUAUUUUUAAUUAUUCUUUAUUGUAAUUAUUGUUGUAUUAUAAUUAUAUUUUUUUUUCAAUAAACUCUAAUUGGGAAAAUGAAUUGGGAAGACACUUCCAGAACCAAGGCCUUACAGAGCGUUUGGUCACUGUUGUGUUCCGUGCAGCCACACAUUAACGGCUCUGUUCUUUACGUACUUUAUUGCCGCCGUGAUAACACUAUCAGGGUAAUCUAUUUUUAGAUUUGUACAUUUUAUAACUGUAUGUAAAUGGAUCUUCCUCUAUAAAACAGUUCUGUUAAUGGUACCGUGUGUAUGAUUGUUUUGGUUGCCGACUGCUAUCCGUGUUUUCCAUGGAAAAUAAAUGUGAUAUUAACUAAAA